CAUGACAGCUAUAGUGGUGCAUAUAAAUUAUGUAUAUCUACAGAUCUGUGUUAGCUUGUAUGCCUUAGAGCCGCUUUCUGUGUUAGAUCCAGCUCACACAAAAUGUCUGCCAGAAGUUUACUUAUUAUCUCCCUCUUGGCCAGCAUAAUCGCUGCUAGCCAUUGUAACCCUGCUUCUAACAAAUGCCGUCAUGACUGCCGCACAGAAGCUGACUGUCUGAACAAGAAAUCCCAAGAUAAGGAUGAAGAUUGUCUCAAACACAAAGCUGGUGGCUACUGCAACAGAGGAGCCAAGUGUGGACAGCCGUGCAAUUCUAGUGCUGACUGCACCCCACCAGAAGGGGGUCAAUGCUGGGCGGAAGUAACGUGUGGGAAGUGUAAUUAUCUUUCUCACUACAAGUGUGGGGAGAGAUGUGGAGUUGAAGAGGACUGCUCUCCUGGGAAUUGCUGGGCUACCAUUACCAAGCAUGAAUGUGACAUUCUCAAGCUCUACUGUGAUGCUGAGUCGGGUGAUAAGUGUGGUCAAGAGUGCAAGACAGAGGAUGAUUCACAAUGCUCCCCUGGACACUGUGUAACCUAUCAAGCCCAUUGUGGGAACAGCGGCAGUGGAUAUUGUAGCCUAGAGUCUAAGAACUGUGGUACUUCUUGCACUAACAGCUCCAAUUGUUUGAGUGGAUUUUGUUUAAAAUUUAAAGAGAUGUGUGCAUCUGUUAUUACCAUAGGAACCUACACCGGAGCAUUGCCAGGUGGCGAGCGUGCUCCUCCUCUGAGUUUGAUCCCCAAGGACGUCAAUCUAAUCAUGCUGUCCUUUGCCAAGGACCCCAAUCACAAUGGAAACUUCCAACCCUUCAGCGAGUGGGAGAGACAAGGGCUUACUAAAACAAAUAUCGCGCAGGACAAAACGCAGCACCCAGACAGGAAGUACCUCGUGUCCCUGGGGGGCACCAACGGCUCUGGGGGGAAUUUUCAGAUUACGGCAAAUAUGACGACAAAGCAAUGGGUAUCUAAUUCUCUGCAGUCAGUUGUGAAUAUGAUCCAAGAUUUUUCAGCGGACGGUGCAGAGAUGCAGUUUGAGGGUAGCACAAAUGAUCCAAGAUUCAAGGACGCCAUGACUGGUCUCCUCAAGGGCCUGAAAGAGAAAGGCUAUGCUACGGCCAUUGGACCUUAUUAUGGGCCAUACGGAACAUGGCAUGAUUACAAGCCGAUUCCAACAGAGUAUGUGGACUAUGUGAACAUGCAGUUUUACAGUGUACAAGACCAUAUGGUAGAUCACAUGAUCUAUUUCAUACAGGCGGUUCAGCAAGAGUUGGGAUCGGAUCGUGGGAAGCUGGUCGCUGGAUUUAACUCUAAUAGUAGUCCUCCAAAGCCCCCAGUUUCCCUGGAGUCAGUGUAUGAUCUUCGUAGUAGCCUCAAGGGGGUGUUUACAUGGGACAUAGAGCACUCAGCAAACAAUCACCCUCCUUACUGCCUUGAGAAUGGCUUUGCUGUGAUUCUGAAACAUGGAAACAGUCCAGGAGAGUGCGCAUGGAACUGAUUCGGAACUGAUUCAGGACUAUAACUAUAUAGUAAAAGGCACUCUAAUAAUUAUGUAAACUCAUCGAGCAGUGUUACUUUGCUGUUGGCGUAUGUUUUUUGUAGGAAUACUGUUACAUCAUAAUAUUGGAAUUUAAUUA